GCAAAAUGGCAAGAAACAACUGCCCAGCUUUUUCAGUACAGAAGGAGGACAGGAGAGAGAUACAACCACAGACAAAAUUCUGCAGUAUAUUCCAGGAAAGAAUAUUCAGAACCAGGAGAACCAGAAAGAAAACUUGGAUCAGAGGUUCCCCAGCCUGUUCAAGAAGGGACGAAGGAAAACAGUCGUCAGGAACAUGGGGAAAAUGAUCUAUUACGCCAAGGUCAAGUUUAAGUUUCAGCACUGCCAGGAGGUGAAUGACUGCUUCUUGGAGCUGUUCCAGUCUUACCUGUACUUCCAGUCUAUGGGCUCCAAAGGACUCACCUACCAGGGACUGCUGCCCUUGGGAGAGCUGAAUGUGUGCGAAAUUGAGAAUGGGAAGGGCGCUGGGCAGGAGGAUCAUGCUUUCCGCAUCACAGGUCCUCUGCUGAAUCCCCUUAUCGUGUUCUGCCCUACUGAGUCAGAGCUGAAGCAGUGGCUUUACCACCUGGAGAAACAGAUCCAGCUAAAUGGAGGAAGAGUUGGCUUGCCCUUCCUCUCUCAGGUUAGUGUCUUGAAUGACUGGAAGCAGAGCUCGAUGGGGAAGGAGGAGCUGCGGUGGUCCGUGCAGAACAUGCCUGUCCAAGAGUGGAAAGGGACACAGCGCGAAUCCCUCGGCGAUGUCCUCUGUGUUUCCAAAGUGAAGCUUCAGCAUCUGCCUUUCCAGGAGCAGCAUGACCGACUGUUGGUGCUUUACCCCUCCACGCUGGUGAUAGUAUCUGAAGAACGCAACGGCCUCUGUUUUAAGGGCGAGCUGCCACUCAAUGCCAUCCACGUGCUUUUUGAAGAGAACGAGAAAACCUCCUUUUUAAUAGAAGGCCGACUAAUCAAUUCGAUCCGGGUGAUCUGCCGCAGCUACGAUGAUUACCAGGAAUGGCUCUACUGUCUCAAAACAGCCCAGUUUCGAAAUGCCGACUCCUCCCUCUCUGGAUCAGAGAGUUUCUCAGGAUCAAAGCUGCCACACCCCAGCCAGUUUGCCAGCAGCGGGAGAGGGUCGCUUACUUCCGAUGGUCGUACUAACUCCUGGGCAUCCGGAGGGAGAGUGGCCACCUUAACACAGCUCUCCCAGAACAGCGGCUCUCUCCCUGAUGGGCAGUCCUUCGUGCUGAUGCCUGAGAGCAGAGUGCUCGAAGACCCUCUCUCCCCUGGAUAUUCCCAGCCUCUCCAUUGCCUGGCACAAGCCAACUGGGCAAACACGGGGCUGCCCGCGCAGGACCUGCGGAGGGGGGGCAGCUCUAGAAAGUCCAAAGGCAGAUGUGGGCCAUGCGGCCAGCAGCUGCCCAGCCAGGACAUGGAGAGGACCAUCUGUAGCCUCAUUCCUGAAAACCCCAAUGGCGAGCUCCUGUCCUCAGUGUACAACGAGCCGUACUCCGCACACAGCUCACAGCAUCACCCCGCAGCCCCCCCGCCACACCUGGACCUGAGUCUGAACAGAUGGAGCUUGGUGGGAAGUCAGCCCUCGACAGCUUCCAGCUCCCUGGAAAAGCCGGCUGUGCCCUGCUCCCCCGUGUACGCCGAUCCCUAUACGCCCAGCUCUCCCCGUGCUCGCAGCAUGGCAGGCUCCGGCUUCCUGGAAGAGGUCUCUUCUCUGCAAGAGGAACGUCUGGGCCCUUCAUUGCACUCACCAGAGGGGGAUGCUGGUGCCUACGACCUUCCCGAGGCUAGCUGCUCGCUCCGUGACUCCGCAGCAUACCACGACUAUGCCGAGCUCCAGAGCUUCCAGAGUGACUUCAGCUAUGACAACCUGUGGGAAGCCGAGGAGAAGGAGCCAGACAGCGUGCGUGCCUCCCCAGCAUCCAGCCAGCAGUUUUACCAGGCUUGA